UUCAGUGGUCUAUUCAGCCCAUUGCAAGCGGCUAAAUACCACUGUCGAAAUAGUGUGAGGUGGAUGGGACUUACAAUGGUUGGGAUUUUUUCUUCCUGUUUGAGAAAUAUGAAUAUAAUAUGACAGUCGUGAAUGCGGAUUGUUAUGAUUAAGACUACGAUAAAGCCAUGAUACACGUCCAGACCAUAAUGAUAUUGUAUAUACUUGCCCUUAUCUGCGUCUCAAGACUGUGCAUAGCAGCUACGGUCUUUGUUUGUGUUUGCUGUAAGGGAGGGGAAGAACGAUGCGGAUAUCAGCCUGGUAUUGGGGACAAUUAUUGUUUUGAUGGCUGUGUUGACGGAAUUAAGGGCCAUAGAUGUCAUAAUCCCUGUGUUGGAAACUGUUAUUCGUGCGAUCAAGACAAGGGCAACCCAUGCCAAAGUUGCAAAGAUUCAUAUUAUAACACAUCUAGUAACUGCAGCAAGAACUGUUCUGUUGGUUGUGAAAGUGGGAAAUGUAAUGACGAUGGAACAUGUAGCCCAUGUAGAGUAGGAUUUGACGGAAACACAUGUCGUGAAUGCAUUCAAGGGAAAUAUGGUGCAACUUGCUCAAUGGACUGUUUUUACCAAAACUGCCACUGUACAACAAGCAAUGGAUGUGAUUCAUGUAAACCUGGAUUCUAUGACAAAAACACCUUCUGUCAAACACCUUGUUCCCCUGGAUGUCAAAAUGUCGUUUGUAAUGAAGAUGGAUCUUGUGAAUGUAUCUCAAAAUUUCAAGGUGAUAAAUGCAAUGAAUGUUCGGCGAGCUAUUAUGGAACAUACUGCAAUGAAUUGUGUUCCGUGGGUUGUGAAAAUAGACUUUGUUCAAAAAAUGGUACCUGUACAUGUAGCUCUAAUUUUAAAGGAACGGCAUGUGAUACAUGUGCGGAUAAUAGAUAUGGUGAAAACUGUGAUAAGGUAUGCAAUGUUGGCUGUUCGUCAUCGUUCUGUGAUAGAAAUAACGGCUUCUGCAAAUGUCUUCCUAAUUUUACUGGCGAUAGUUGCGAUCAAUGCAAACCGGGCUUUUACGGACAAUCAUGUAACAAACUUUGCUCAAAUAAUUGCAUCGGGGGGAAAUGUUUAAAGGACGUGGGUAAAUGCAUAGAUGGUUGCGUUAGUCGAUACACGGGUGACAAUUGUUCAUCACUUUGUGAUUCAACAUGCGCAACAUGUCUACAAAAUGAUAAACUACACUGCAUGUCAUGCAACAAUGGAAACACUGGAACAACAUGUCAAUGUCCUCCUAACUGCGACUGUGUAAGUGGAUCUGAUAAAUGUGAGUCAUGUGCACAGGGCUACGCAAAUCCUGUAAAACAAUGUAAGUGUCAGUCGCAAUAUUGUAGCGGGAUCAGUUGUAGUGAAUGUAUUAACAACACGUACUAUAACGAUAACGGGGCGUGUUGUAAAUGUCCAGAAAAUUGCAAAGAUGGUGUUUGCAAUAGUGGCACUGAGUGUACGUCUGGUUGCAUCGAUGGCUUUUACAGUCUCGAUUGUUCUAAACGAUGUGCGUCAAUUGGUGCAAAUUGUUUAAAAUGUAAUAAAACUGAUGGAAAUUGUCUGAGUUGUAACGACGGCCUUUAUCCCCAUGAAAAUGGAACAUGCAUUAGCUGCAAUAGCAACUGUAAGAAUGGACAGUGUAAUUCUACAACAGGUGAAUGUACAAAUGGUUGCACGGAACAGUUUUGGGGAAACAAAUGUGAUCUUCCAUGCAAUUCAAAUUGUGAAACAUGCCAGAAAGAUUCAGGAAUAUGUGUCUCAUGUGCAAACAAAACAUUCCAUGGUAAUAAUUGCAACGAGCCAUGUAGUUCUAUUUGUUUCGAAACAAAAUGCAAACAAAGUACAGGCGAUUGUUUGAAUGGUUGCUCAGGAGAAUUUUACGGCAAUUUAUGUGAACGAAAAUGCCCUGAAAACUGUCUACAGAGUGAUACAGGAACGAGCUGUAACAACAUUGGUCACUGUAACAAUGGCUGCAUCGAUGGCUUUGAAGAAGCAGAUUGUACAGUACAAACGAAGCCAGACACAGCGAACCCACCAAUAGCAGCUAUUGUGGGAGGUGUAAGUGGUGGUGUUGUAGUCAUCAUUGGCGUCGCUGUUGCAAUAUUCUUCUUCCGACGAAGAUCUAUUCGUCUUCCUGCUUCUAACAAAAGCAUCAGAAAUAGUCAUACAUCAUUCCAAGCUAACAUUGCCGACGUCGGAGAGAAGAAAUCAUCAGCAAACGAACGUACAUACUACAACGAGGGUCAGAUCAAGAGACAAUCAACAAAAUCAAAACAAACUGUUAUCCGACCGUCAGCAAGCAACCUCACUUCCACUAAGAAUCAUUCAUCUACACAUGUUGUAAAUGCAUCUAAAGACGAGAUUGACCUGGAUAAAGUUGAAGAGAGCAAUGGGGAUCUUGUUAUUUCUUCCAAAAAUGAUCAGAUGUAUUACAAUGAGCCUGAAUUAUCAAGUUAUAAGUCAAAAAUACCAAUUGGACAACUUGUCAAGUAUGUGGAUGGAAAGUCUCAUGGUGCGUUAAGUGAAGAAUUUGAGAAGUUUUCACUCGGUCUUGUGAAGCCGUAUGUGGAAUCGCAGAAGAGGGAGAACAUGAGUAAGAAUCGAUACAAAGGCAUUUAUCCAUACGAUGAUUCAAGGGUCAAGGUUACGGGAGAUGGUGGAUCAGACUACAUAAAUGCCAGCUUUAUUGACGGGUAUAAAAAGCCGAAGCAGUACAUCGCCACAUUAGGUCCAAUGUCCCAACAACUGGACGAUUUCAGCUUGUUCUGGAAAAUGAUUUGGCAACAAAGGGUUGAGAAAAUUGUUAUGGUUACCAAUCUCAUUGAACAUGGAUCCCCUAAAUGUGAGCAAUACUGGCCAAACCCUGGGGCCAGUAAGAUGUAUGGUGAAAUAAAGGUGGAGAGCCGCUCAGAGGAUGAGUAUGCUGAGUUUACAAGGCGAGCCUUAACGAUGACCAUGGGGACCGAAGAAAGGACGUUGCACCAUCUACACUUCACGUGUUGGCCUGACAAAGCGAUACCCGACGAUGUAACUGCGAUGAUAGAGUUCCGACAGAGGGUUCUGAGUACGCCGAAUACUCUAAAUGGACCAACAGUUGUGCAUUGCAGUGCUGGUGUCGGCAGAACAGGCACAUACAUUGCUCUGGACAUCCUCACAAAAGAAGGUGAGGCGGAACGAGCCAUUGAUAUCGCGGGAUGUGUCCACAAAAUGCGCCUGAACAGGCCGAAUAUGGUUCAGACAGUGGAGCAGUAUCAGUUUCUGCACACAGCUGUGGUUUACUCGUUGACCUUCGACUGCAAACAAAUCAAAGGAGAGAACUUCGACCAGUUCAUGAAAAAACACACUUCACAAGAACUGAAUAGUCAGUUUAAGCGACUUCAACACACUGUCGAAAAACGAACUAAAGACGAAGCAAUAGCAGUUGAGUGCAAUAAGCAGCACCUGAGUAAAAACAGAGCAAAUGCAGAUAUUCCGGGUAACGAAAACAGACCAAGACUUUACCUGCACCUCAAACCUGGGGCUGCAGACUACAUCAAUGCUGUAUACAUUCACAGCUUUAGAGUCAAGAAACGUUACCUGGUAGCACAGACUCCACUUCCAGAGACAGUAAUCGACUUUUUGACGCUUGUUGUCCAAGAGAGCUGUUCAUGUAUCGUCAGCUUCGAAGCUGAUAUGGACAAACAAAAGAAUAUCGGCAUAUAUUACCCAGCGGCAAACCAAGAAGUUUUGAAACAGGGAACGUUUCAAGUCAGCUGCUCAAGAGAGGAAAAGAAAACGUUCUACGCAGAGCGAACAUUGACAAUUCAACACAAAGGGGUAGGGACGAGCACUGAACGAACCAUUCCACAUCUUCAAUAUACCGACUGGGAUGAAACGAACAACAUUCCAAGGUCAACUACAAACUUUCUCUCAUUUCUGAACGUGAUAGAGAAUGUCACAAGACAGUCAGGUGACGGGCCGAUCUUGGUCCAUUGCUUAGAUGGUGCGGGCAAAAGCGGUCUAUUCUGUGUCGUUUCGUUGCUUCUCCACAAGAUGGCCGUGGAACACGAAGUCAGUGUGCUUAACUCUGUUAGGAAGGUCAAAACCAUGAGGAGGUUAGCGAUCCCGAACCAGGAACAAUUUAGCUUCUGUCACGGAUGUGUUUCUGAGUAUCUAAGUUCUUUCGAUGUAUACGCCAAUUUCAACGAAGAAACGGGAAGACUGUGAGGUUCGUCGAAUUUAAAGUUGCUAAGAAACAUUCAGAGUGUAAUGAUGACAUUGUACAAACUUAUUUUGUUAUGUUGUGUUAAGUUCUUAUUUUCAAUAUGUUUUAUAAAUUAUGAUACAAAUCACGAACCGUAAAGCAUAUAUUUUAUAUCCAGUUACUAACACAGCAUAUUCAGUAAAAAAAAUUAUUCAGCUUUGUACAUACUUGUCCUUAAGUAUUUUUCUAUUUCAUGGUGCAUUCUCUAGUGAUCUAUGAACUAUUUAAAAAGCCUUUAUUAAGUGUACUGUUUAAAGCCAGUCAACAACUUUGGAGAACAGAGCUUUUUAAAAGUUAAUGUAAAUUCAUUUUUGCUGAUUCUUAUCGAACUUUAAAAACGGUUGUUGUUUAUUCACAUUAUCUUAUUAAUUAUAAUUUUCUAAUGACUACAGUUUUUCUAAUGUCAUAGAACAUAUCGCUCUUUGUCGUAUUUGCCAUCAUUUUAAGUGAUGUGAUUUAUAAAUGAAAUCGGUGUCAAUAUUUUUGUUAAUGUCAUAGUUGCACAGGAGCUGUUCAAAGCGUAUAAAGGGACUCAAUAAUGUUUUGGCAUUAAAUUUUGUUUUCCCGCUAUUGCAUCUGAAAACAAUUGUAUUAUAACUAUUUCACUCUUUGAUACUGAACGAAAUGACACAAACACUUAUUAGAGUGUAAACAAAUGUUCUGGUGUAAAUAGAGAGCGAUCCCACGCCGGUAGAGUCAAGGAACAUACACGCACACAAGAGCUCAUAAGGAUAACAUUUGUUAAAGAAUUUAAGCCGUCAGUAUUUUAGCUUUAACACUCCUAGUACUUUGACACACCUUAUUUCGUCAUUCCUUAAAUUGCAUUUUACAAAAUCAUGAGCGAUAUCCUUAAAGCUACGGGGAUGGGCUGUUUUUUUAUUAAGGUUUGUUUACUUAAAAAUCGAUUAUUUAACUAUUUUAUAAGUUUUUGAAGAAAAUCAUCGUUAAUGAUGUAAGGGAAACUACAAGGACAAGCAUGGUAUCAUAUCCUUCAAAGAGUUGUAUUGGUUUACAAACUGUAUGAUAGACUGAGAAACGUUAGUGCCCUUUUUAAAUCAAUGAAUUAAGAAAGUAUUACGUGGACAUCCAAAUGUCCACUUUAUGUUAUCAACGUUUGAUUUUUACGUGUAUAUCAAAUAACUAUGAAAUAACGUGACGGCAUCAGGUGCCCAUACUAUUAGCAGAAAGUACCUUCAUACUAAUAAAAGCUUUAUACAUGACAAAUACCCAGAUUAACACGUUUUGUCUAUAUUGACGCCGAUUUUACGAUAUUCUUUGGAGUUUUAUAAACUUAACGAAGAAAGCAAUACGCAAUGAGGUUGAAUGUUCUUACGUAAUGUGCACCUAUUGUGUACUUAUCUCUCUUUGUGUAGCUUUUAUUCUUAAAGUAAAUGCUGAACAUCAUGCUUUAACAAUGAAUGUGUUUAUUAUAUUAUCAGAGUCAUAUUUCAUGACGCCAAUGUCGUUGAGCAUGCUCAGCUUCUUCUGGUACUGCCAUAUGUGUAUUUGAAUUUGCUAGUUUAUUUUUAAUGCCAUCGUCAAAUUGCGUGUGUUAUUAACCAUUGAAAAGUAUUGUUAUGUGUACAUUAUUUUAGAGCCAUUACUAAUCCUUUCAUAUUUGGAUUAUAUUGUAAAGUAUAUUCGCAAGUAGUCCCUUGAAAUAUUGUUCUAUAUGAAAAUCAAGAUUUGUUUCGUAUGUAAAAAAUCGUAUGCAUGUAUGUAUAUAAAUGUACAAGUAGGCUAUCACAAAGACAUCAUAACGAAAAAAACUCACACAAAGACAAAAGUGUUUAUCACUUAUUACUAUAAAGAAACCUUAAAAUUAUCAUACACGAUUGGUUAGAUAAUUAACAAAGUAACACUUAUACAUCAUGUCAUACUAUGAACUAUAAAAUAUAAUAUUCAUCUUAAAUCAUUCAUUGUUAGAUUUGGAUAGCCCGUAAAUUUCAUAUAAAGGCAAAUCAGUGUACUAAGUUUUAAACACAAUGUAGCGUGUUUAUUUAUAUGGUUGAACUAAGCUAAGCCUAAAAAAUCAUCUUAGCAUGUAUAAUUUAGAUGUAGAUUAUCAGAUGUCAUUAUUAUAUAUAUUUGGUUUAUAUUCCUACAAUUUAACAAACUUAAACAUAUCUGUGGUUACUGAUGCCUUUUCUUCUAAUGUUAAAAGUAUAUAACGAUAUUCACACUACAUCUGCAAUACCAAUCGCUUGAUUCAUUUAUGUGAUGUUUUAUUUUUAUUUUUUGAAAGAACGUUCUUGUUGGUUGUUUUUCAUAUUCUGAUAUUGAUAACUAUCUAUUGUAGUGAACCAUACUUCUGUUUAACAUUUUAAUCCAGACAUUCUUAAAUAUAUCCUGCAUCAGUUGGUCAGAACAGCAGAAAGGUUUCCAAAGGUUUGAGAAGACGCCACAAACAAAUAAUGAUUUAAGCAUGCAUUGUUUAAAAUCAGGAUAGAUUGAAAACAGAUUUUUGAUUUUUUUAGGUACUUUUUUGUAACAAAAGUAUCAUGCUGCUGCUCAUCCAUCUACUGGUCAAAAGUAUCUGAUACCAUUAGUUUUCUGUAGCAAAACAAUCGAGAUAGAAUACAGUAUAAAUUUUGAAAAUAGCUUGAUGGAUUAAGUUAAGAUUUAACAAUAUAUGUUUUUAUUGUUUUCAUUGUAUAAAAGGCUUAAUCGGAUUGGUAUGAUUCGUAGUGACAAUCAAAUAUUGAUAUGCAUGUACGAGAACAUGUUGACAACAUUUAUGUUUUGGAUUCAUUGUUUAAAGUGUACACAUGUUUUAUUUCUCCUUCUACCAUGACUAAUUCAAAUAAUCAUUUGCUUUUUCUUUCUUUCAGAAACUGUUUAAAUAUGUUAUUAUUGCUAAUCAGAGAAGUUUAUAAUAAAAGUAUAACCUUU